CAAAGCCUAUCGGAUGUUCUUUCUUUUUAUCACCCGGAUUUGUGCAAGUCGUGGAUUUUUUCUCCGUUGUGUUUAUUAGUUAAUGCACUUGCUUAAUCUUGUCACUGUAUAAGUGUAUUCGCUGUACAAUGGAAUGCAGCACCAACGAGUUGAGCGGCUCUGGCAGCGGCAGCCUCAUCGGCCGUUGCCCAUAUCGCACCGUUCGUGCCAAAGGAGUAGGCGGAGUCCAGCAGCUUCCAAUGAAGAAGGCUGACACCAAACAGCGUCUGACCAGACAGAAGCGCGAUAAGUCCAUGACUCUGGCUGCCGCUCGUAGUGCCCCAACAUCCCCAGUGAAGAUGACUCCAGUGCCCAAGUGUAUGACCACCAGGAAUCAGGCUCGGAGGCAGACUAUAACAGCAGCUACCAAUAAAUAUGCAAACUCAGAUCGACCAGUGGACGAUAUAUAUCCACGUCCAAAAGCUCCGACUACGGCUACGUCACAGUCCAAGCCAGGCAUUACCAUUUCGGGUCGCGGUAGCGUCGUGGGCAGAACUGGCAAGAUCCCAGUCUCAAGUCCAAAGCCAAGCAGUCAAGGCUUAGUCUCGGUUAAAGCUUUACCACCACGCUCAAGCCAAGUUUCAACAUUAAAACCAUUCGCCAAGGCAACCCCUGCCUCCACAUCCAGCUCUAUGACGGCGUCCACCGUGGUUGUGCCCUCCACGCCCACAGUCUCAAGCAGCAGCCAGGUGACUGCCAGUCCAUUGGCGAGCACGGUCGGAGCUGAAGUGGGAACCACCACGACUAGCUCUUUCGUGACAGUAAAAUCCAGAGGCGAGAAAGAAAUGCAGACAGAGCGCCUGGACAUAUUCACUGAUCAGCACUUUUUAGAGAUUGUACGCCCACAGAUGGCGGAAAUGAAUCCCCGCCAGAAGUUAAACUUCAAGAAAAAGCACUUCAACAUUAAUACACCUUCUGGCUUUGAAGACGUCUCGGAUGGUGAGAUGCGCCUGGUGCGAGAGCUAGCGAGUCUGGUUUGUUCCGCCAAGCGCUCGGACGCAAUCUCAAAGUCCACUCCUCUGCCUGUCGUCGCGGACACUCUGCGCCCGGUGGUUCGACCCAAAACCCCAGCUCCUGUGCCAGUUCCACAACCGUGCUACGUCAUUCGGCGCACCACCACACAGGGCAAAGUAGUAAACGUGGUCACGUCUUCGGAGGAGAAGGAGAAGGAGAUCGGGCGCAACGCCAAGCCGAGCGGCGCGGUCACGAUCGUCAGUCUCGGUGUUAAUAGCCCCACGGAGGAGCUGGGCAAGAAGAGCGCCAGCAACUGUUCCGGGGCCAGCGUCAGUCGUGUUUCCCGGGCUCCUAUGGGUGGAUCCAGGAAAGUCACAGAGGGCGCCUCCCCGAUGAACACCCCAUUCGGCUCGACCCCACCACAGGUGUUGCUCGCUAAGCACGGACCCCUCAAGGUACGCACAAAGCCCAGUGAAUUCUCCGUCUGCGAGCCCAUGCUGACUUUGGGCAUGGGCAUGGGCAUGGUCCCAGACUACCAGCGGCCCCGCUACUCCAGGACCGUCGCACCUGGCCCCGGAUCUAUAGCUGGCCAAGCAGCAGCUGCCGCUGCCCCACACGACAGAAAGAUGAGGAAGUCGACAGGUAGCGUAUCCGCCAGCCAGGAGCAGCCCCCGCCGCCCGGCUUGGCUCUCAAAGGCCUCUUGCAGCCCAAGCCGGCCACCGGGUCCCCCCUGUCAGGUGGGCCCGGCCUUUCCCUGAAACGGAGCCUUCCCUUGGCCAACGCCCAAAAAAGCAUGGCUGAUGUGGUAGCCGAUCCGCAAGAGCAGGAAAUGCGUCGAACCCAAGGUUCAGAAGAGUAUACGGAGACCGCUGGUACCAUCGCAGCCGAUGACUUAUCGGGCUUGCUGAAGGAAGAUUUUGACGACAUUUUGGGCAUGUAAGGCAAUCCGAGAGUCCGAAUAAACCUUGACGCAUGCUUGAGAUAAUACAUUUGAAUACUAUACAUUUAUAGUCCCAAAAGAACACUGAAAGUUUGUAUGACAACAUUUUUAAUUUUCUAUUCGUAUAAUUGAUUCCAAUACUUGACAUUCGGAUAACCAUUAAAUACAUCACACGAAUGAGUUAUGAAAUUAUAUACAUAGAUGACUGUCUAUUUGGACACUCGAGUAUGUACAAUACAGUAUAAAUGACGUGUGUAUUAACUAUCAACUGACAAUUUGUGGUUAAAUCAAAUUCUUAAUUCUUUUCAAUCCUUGAUUUUUUGCAUUCAUUUAAAUAAAAGUUGUGAACAUUGUAAACAUUGCAA